GACUGGGAUAGACUGGCUAGAUCUGAUCUCGAUACAGUAGUGCAGCCUCGUGCUACAGUGUAGCGUCUUGUCACCAUGGAGACACCCCGACUCAAAUGACUGUGGAUUUUAGCUAGCAGACUUUGGCAUUUGCCAGUUAGCUAGCAAACAUUGAAAAUCACGGAUGAAGAAUUAUUUCGAGAAUUUGCUCUGUUUUGGAACACUCCUGUGGACAGCGUGCCGACAAUCUUUGAUUAUAAAGCCAACACUGGACUGAUAGCAAGACACAUGCAUGCCGAGGUUAAAUAAAAUGACGUUAGCCAGCUAACGUUACUGUAGCCAGCUAUUGGAAGUGGUCAAAUGCCAGUCCAGAAUGUUAUCUAGCUAGCUAACAUUAGUGGUUGACAAAGGAAAGAAGACAUCCUACCUGAAACUGAAACAUGUUUAAGAACGAAUAUCAGGGUGGAGCUGCUGUAGAGAUCUUCAGUGCACAAGGGAAAGAUCCUGUUGCAAAAUGGAAACUUUGUGGAGGAAAAUCAGCUAUAAAUAAAGAGUUUGACAAAGAGGUCAAGAGCUUUGUGUACAGUCUGGAGGGGAGCAGCCAAGCUAUUAAAAUGCAGAUGCCAAAGGAUGGAAAAAUGUCUCUUGGACUGGUACAGAGAUUCUUGGUCCUCCAGGUGAAUGUUUCCCAAUGUAAAGACUUCUCUACAGAGCUUGUGAUAACUGAUUUAGGUCAUCUGAAAAGGAGGCUGUACCUAUCCACGGUUCAUAAAGAGUUCUCUGCUACACCCUUGCAUGCAAGGAUACCUUUCGGUCUGAAACGCAACGUUUGGUGCAACAUGUGCAUCGACCUUGUGUCAUUCACCAGUGAGCUGUUUAAAGGUGCAGGGUUCUUAUCCCUGGAUGGAAUCACUGUCUCUGCCAGCUGUAAGUUACGGAGAAUCUUCACCAUGAAGACUGAGCCUGCAGGGGCUUCUGAUGGAGACCUAUAUAUUGGUGUAAAUGGUCCCAUGGACUCGAUCCCUCGGAGCUGCCAGUUUCCCCCUGACGUCCACCAGGUGAUCCAGGUAAAGAACAUGGAGAGGCUGAGACUGGCAGACCUGAAGACUUGCCCUCAGUCUGAUCAGUCAGGCAGUGGCAGGGUAGCCAGUGCUGCUCGAGGCCCCAAGAUCCAGCCGGACGCCUCCCACAUCGCAUUUGGGUCGAGGGUUUUAGGACCCCCUCCACUGACCGGAAGGAAGAAUAGUGGACUCUCAGAGGGACAGGGACAGGACGGGAGGACACAGGACGGGAGAACACAGGACGGGAGGACACAGGACGGGAGGACACAGGACGGGAGGACACAGGACGGGAGGACACAGGACGGGAGGACACAGGACGGGAGGACACAGGACGGGAGGACACAGGACAGGAGGACACACCGGAGAAUGUAUAUGGGGUCUGUAUCUGGUGCAAGAACAAAUAGAACAGCUGCUUCAGAGAGAUAUCAGGAUCAUGGAGACUGGAGCGAGAAACAACCUGGUCCCAGUAGCCAGAAGAAUGACUCCGUUUAUGAGCUGGCAGGGAAGCCAGGGAGCCUGCAGCCGCGACCACCUAAAGACAGAGCGUCAUCAGACAAGGCGGGGUCCAGGAAGCUACGGGUACACAGUGCAGGGAAGGAGAAAUUGGCGCCUGGCUCAGACAAGUUGUUGUCUCCUAGACCUGUUGACGAGGACAGAACCUGUUUGGAGCCCUCCAAAUCUUCUCCAGAGCUUCUGUCUGGCCAGUCGACCCCUGUCCCUGACCUCCCCCCAUCACCAUUACCCCUGCAGGACUCGGACAGUAAUGACAGUGAAGGGGAGAGUGAUGUGAAUGAAGUCUCUGAGCCUCAGUUCUCAGUGGAAAACGUGUUCACCUUCUCUUCUUGGCCCCACUCAGCCAAGCGAGGACAGGGACAAGGAUAUGGAGACCAGGGACAGGGCCAGGGACAUGGAGAGACCUGCUGGACUGAGGAGGCAGCUCAGGCCACUGACACCUACGGCCAGCAGGACACGGGAGGGCACAGGGGGGCCAGGCCAGACGACGACUUCCUCGCCAGCGAGAGUGAGGAGGAAGAGACCUCCAGGUUCCUCUAUCAGAGGUCCAGUGUCCCCCCCAGCCCUGGUACUCCUGGUGUUCCCCCCAGCUCCUCCCCUGGUAUCCCCGGAUCAUCAGGCCUAGAUGAGGACACUCCGCCCAGAGCACGGCCUGGGUCCAGUGGGUCCAGUGGUGCAGACCGAACAUUUACCAUAGAGCGAACCCUAACCCACACAGACCCUGCAGGGUGUAAAACCAGGCUGGCUCCCCACACUGACUCCCAAGCAUACAGGAGAACAUUAGAGGUGCCUGGGAUGGUCCCAACCCGCUGCCGGUCACCCUGUCAGGGUACCAGGCAGGGGCAGAGACACAGCAGUCUGGGCCAGUCUGGACCUGGAGGAAGAGAAGGGGGAGCGAGCCAGACUCAGGACAGGAGCAGCAGCAGGACAUCACUGAGCAGGAGAUCUCUGCGAGAGAUCAUCCCCCGAGGAGACGCCACAUUAGACAAGGUGGGAGAGGAGAGGGCGGAGAGCAGGCAUGAGCCUGUUGGGUCCAGUAGUUGUGAUUUGCGUCUGUUGGACAGCCUGCGUAUGCAGGAGGAGGAGGAGCUACAUAUGCUUGCCAGUCUACGGCGGGAGCAGGAGGAAGAAGAGGAGGGGGGAGGAGCACCAGGUCUCAGUGCCUCUCAGAUCCACCAAUGUAACGUCAGCAUCAGCACCAGCAGUGAUGAGCCAUCCACCUGGACACACAUACCUAUGCCGGCCAAACAGGGCCAUCACUACCAGACGGAAAUGAACCCACUCUUACACUCCAAUCCAAGGGAAUGGAUGGAUGUCCUCAGCCCUCCCAUUAUUCCUCCUAGCCAGAAAAAAGGGAAGGGGUCAGAGGGCACAAGGGACCAUCGGAGUGGACCCCCGACCAGAGGGGCUGAUGGAUCAGUGAAUGGGGGAAAUGAGGAUGAGGAGGAGUACCUGAAUCUGCUCUAUGAUCCCUCUCUUAACUGCUACUUUGAUCCCCAGUCUGGGAAAUACUAUGAGCUGGUUUAAUUCAUCAAGCUUUUUGAUGAGCAAAAUGCAGGAAAAGAACAGAACAGGCAUGUUCACUGCUGGAAAAAUAGAUUUUUUUUUGUUUUACUUAAUUACGCUUUUCUGAACUAUUAAGGCUCCUUAGAAAAUAUUUAUACCAUUCUGUUAUCCUCGGUUGUAUUUAAUUUGGAAUGGUGAGGAUGCUCUUGUAAUUAAUUGUUUAUACAGUGACUUUUUAAAGUGUUCUGUACUGUAUAGUGUGUAUGCAGUAGUGUGUGUGUCAUGUGUGUCCUCUACACAUAUUUGUGAUUAAACGUGUUUGUUUUACCCUUG